AAGGCAAGGCGGCCAAUCAGGACCCGAGUUCGGUCCUGAUAUCACUUCCGUUUCCUGUCAGCCAUCACGCUUCUGUCAUUGCUGCGGCUGGAUCUGUGCAAAAGUUAAAGAAUAUGGCAGGUCGACGCGCUGCAUUGAAGGCCAUUGACUGGCUGGCCUUUGCCGAAAGGGUGCCACCCAACCAGAGGGCCAUGUUCAACGCACUCAAAACACGCAGUGACGCCAUCGGUGCAAAACUGACCUCCCUGCCAGAGAAGCCUGUUGUUAUUGACUGGGCCUACUACAAGUCUGCAGUGGCUAAAGCUGGCAUGGUGGAUGACUUUGAGAAGAAGUUUUCUGCUCUGACUAUCCCUGAGGCAGCUGACACCGUGACAGCGAAGAUUGAUGCACAGGAGCAAGAGUCUAACAAACAAGCACUCGAAUAUGUCCAGGCAUCUAAAGCUCGUAUAGCUCAUUAUCAAACCGAGCUGGAGAAAUUCAACAACAUGAUUCCAUUUGACCAGAUGACCAUAGAUGACCUCAACCAUACCUUCCCCGAGACUAAGUUGGACAAGGAGAAGUAUCCAUACUGGCCACACAAGCCAAUUGCUGAACUGUAACUUGUUAGAACUAUCCACACCCCUCUGAUGAGAUUGUAUAGUCCUGUCUGUGUAUACACCUGUUCUGUUUCAGGAAUUUGUGACGUGUCACAAUGAGUAAAACAUUUGGAAAUCA